GGCAGCGCGGUGCUGCCAUGUUGUUGUCUAAUCCUCGGCCGGGGCAGUUUCCAGCUGCUGUUGCUCCCUCUGAACGCAGCGGCCACUUUCUCUAACGAAGAUAUCGCUUUUUUGGUCAGGAACUGGAGUACAACCGAGCUGAAAAUUACUGAAAGUUUGACUGUAUAACACCAGCUGCCAUCAGGAGAGGUGAAGAUGGUGGACCGGCUUGCUAACAGCGAGGCCAACUCCAAGCGGAUAGGAAUGGUGGAGAGCUGCUUUGGAGCUGCAGGCCAGCCUCUCGCCAUUCCGGGCCGCGUCCUGAUCGGAGAGGGCGUCCUCACCAAACUCUGCCGCAAGAAGCCAAAGGCGCGUCAGUUUUUCCUCUUCAACGACAUCCUGGUCUACGGCAACAUUGUCAUCCAGAAGAAGAAGUACAACAAGCAGCACAUCAUCCCUCUGGAGAGCGUCACCAUCGACACGGUGCCGGAUGAGGGCGACCUGCGCAACGGCUGGCUCAUCAAGACGCCUACCAAGUCGUUUGCCGUCUAUGCCGCCACCGCCACAGAGAAGUGCGAGUGGAUGAACCACAUCGGGAAGUGUGUGAAGGACCUGCUGCAGAAGAGCGGCAAAUCCCCGACGGGCGAGCACGCCGCCGUGUGGGUGCCCGACUCGGAGGCGUCCGUGUGCAUGCGCUGCCUGAAAGUGAAGUUCACGGCCGUCAACCGCCGCCACCACUGCAGGAAAUGCGGCUACGUGGUGUGCAACCCCUGCUCGGAGAAGAAGUACCUCCUUCCCAGCCAGUCGUCCAAACCCGUCCGCGUCUGUGAAUUCUGCUACGCCCAGCUGACGUCGGGAAGCCUGGCGCCGUGCUCAGACUCCAACAGCUGGUCGGAGUCGAGGUACAACAACAACCACUUGUCGGAUGAUGAGGACGAAGACGACAGCAGUGACUGAGAAAUGCCCGAUUCUGCUGCUUCCUCUGCUUUUUCAGCUUUAUGCAAAAAGACUCUUGACAUUCUCCUUCUUCACUUCCCUCCCUAAUGGAGUCAUGAUCAUCAUGUAAAGACUUAACCACAGCAGAAUGAUUCAUUCGUUUCCCUUUGAAGUAUUAUUUUUCCUUCAAUCCAGCUGGAUUGAAAGUUUCCUACAAACCAGCAAAAAGUGGAAUUAACUGGAUAACCACCAAAAAUGGUCAUCUCCUCUAAUUCUUUUUGCUCUUCUAAUGGCUUUGCAUUUAGGCACUACAGAAACCAGAGGUGUUGGUGAGACCUCCCUCUGCGCAGUCCUCCGUACGAAUGCAUUUUUUUAUGCUUCUCAAUGUUUUCUGUCCAUCGACUGACAGAAAUCUGUCUGCAGGGAAAAGAAAAUGUUUGAGCUCUUCCCUUUUGUUGUCCUUCACAAACCAGCCAGGGCUUUACUGUAACAGAUUCAUGCGUUUUUGCUCUAUUUUUGUACAUCUAUUUUCUGUAAAAUGACAAAAGAAAUCCCUUUAUUACACUAAAUGCAGCAAUAUUUUAGUUGGCGUAGUUGCUCCUGACAGCUAAAGCUCGGUGCUCGACGUUUGUUCUCAGCAGCCGACCCAAAGCCCUAACUGGAGCCGUGGCCUUUACUGUCACGCAUGGCCUUGUAGAAAACUGCACUCCUCAGGCGGGAAAAGGUAAUGAAAGGUAAAUGAAAGCAGGCGUCAAAAAAACAGGGACUUCAUGAUAGGUCCACUCUGAAACUUAUUACCCUGGAUGGGGCUGCUGUUCGGUGUGUGCGUCAGCAGGAAAUAGAGGAGCGGGGAGUGUGACUGACCCCCCGCUGAGGCCACAAAGGGAAAGUUAAGUUUGUUUGCGGAAACACUUUUAAAACACUUUAACCAGCUCUUCGUCUUUAAAAGGGUAGAUUUAGCUGCUAAUUUUUUCGAAAUUUGUGAGGAUUUAGCUGAUUUCUUUUUUUUUUUUUUUUUUCAAAAUAAGAGCGCAGAAGUGGGAAUUGGGUGCUUUGUGAGGCCAGUUCAGCUGAAAAUGGGAUUACAAAUAUUCUUCUUAUUUUUCUUUGUACUGAAUGCAUUUUUAGCUUCAUUUGAAAGUCAACAUUCAUAAGUUUGAACUUAACCACGUAGUUAUUUUGAAUUGUCAACACAGUGUUGUACAAAGCACUCGUCAUGUGACCUAAAGGAUUACAUAACAAGCCUGAGGAGUGUUGGCGUCAUUUCAUCUGGAUUCAGCAUUACCUCAUUGGUCUUUGCUUUGGAAACACAAGCAGGUGGAAAAAAGGGGAAAGUAUCAAAAAGGGAAACAUUUCUUUCACAUACUUGGGUUUUGGGCUUUACUCUGCUGUGAGUUUAUGUAAAUUUGCUCAGAAAUGUCAACUGAUUCUGUCAUUUUUUUUAUACAAAAUAGGUGAAAAAAAUCAGAAAUGUCACUGUAGAAGGACACCUAAAUGAAUGAUUAUAAGAACAAACAAUGAUCAGAAAGUGUCUGGUUUGUGUGCAGUUGUGUGUUUUUUGUGCGAUUCCUCCUGCAGCUGAAGCACUUUAUGAACCGGAAGGAAGGAAUUCGUCUUCCUGAACUCUGCCGCUCGUCCCUUCCUUUGUCUCCAUGACUAGUUCUCUGAUCACACCGCCCCACCAGCAUCAUGUGAUCAACCACCAAACCAGGAAAUGAUUUUUAAAAAAAAGAGCUGCUCAAAGGAAUUAGGGCAGUGGAACUGCUUACAGUUGUAAUUCACUGACUCACACAGAGGAUUCAGCCGGAACAUCUGAACGGUUCAUUUCUCAGUCUUUCAGUUUUCUAAAGAACUGCAGCUGGUCGAGAUAACCCAGAAUCUCAAGAGGAUAAGCUUAAGACUGCACAGAAAUUCAAGGUUCUUGAGUAAAGAUCACAGUAUUUACUCAUCAUUUUUCUUUCUCUCAAAACUGUUGGGAUCUUAACAGUAGGGGGCAGGUUUGUGUUUCAGUCAUCCUCUUACAUUUUGAGGUUGGUCAGCCCCCACCGACAUGGCCUUGUGCACACAAAAUCCCCUACUCGUGGAGGAACCUGCUCAUUCACGGUUUCCACAUCACAUUUCCUGACAUACUUUCCUUUUGUUUUUUUUUGUGGUUCUGGUGUGAGGCAGGAGCCGGGGAUGGUCAGUCCUGCAGCUCAUUGGACCAGCCCAGUGUUAAAUCUGAAGCCUUUGAGAUGAGUGUGGAUGAAUUUCAGGAUCCCCCUAAAAGUCUAUUAUAAUCAGACGGAUUUGGGCUCGAGGCCGGCACAUCCACAUCCAGGCGCGUUCACAAUCGUGCUUCCUAAACAAUGUGGCUGGUUAAGCUGCAAACCCCAGCUAGAGGUUUUUUUUCUGCAAGAAUCUUUGCUUCCUUUUCCUUCUGUUGACAUGUUUUAUUUUCUCGUUUUAGCAUAUUUGAAAAUCGCACUUUAAGAAGUGUCUCUUUGUGCUUUCGUAUGUGUAAACGUAGAGGUUUUGUUUUUUGGCAUUAAACACUUCAUUCAAAGCAGCAGUCAAAAUGUAAAAAAAAGGGAUUUGCUUUUUGUUGUUUUUUUUGAUUUAAGACUUCAAACACGCUGUUGUUGCUGCAGCAAAUCCACCCAAUCACUAACGAGCUGUCCUUCAUGCUGGCUGUGGAUAAGCGUCUGCCCGGGGAUGCGACUUCCCUGUCAGACCCAGAAGCAGUGGCCUCAGGCUUGCUGUCACAUGGACUCUGCUCCAGGGUUCUGCCUUAUCUGGAGAGAUCUGCUGGAGCUCGGCUUCUUGCCCGUCAACCGUCCUCGGUUUUAAUCUGUAAGAUUUUUGUACAUUUGUAUUGGCCGCUUUUUAUUUUACUGUAGCUGUACAGUUCCAAAAUGGCGAUGUCUGAGAUAUGUUACAGCCCUUUUUUUUUCUUCUCACAUCCUGGGGGCUUCCCUUUUUAUUUUUGACACUUGUCAGUUGCAAAAUAAGUGAGGGAGGGGGCACACACCAGCGGCAGUGACUGAGAUCAACCCUGAGAGAGGGCAGCAGGAGACAUUUACAUGCUUCAGAUCCACUUUUUACCGCUUUUGUCCUGCUCGGAUCACAUGAGACGGACUCGAUGAUGCGCUAAAGCAGAGAGAAGUCUGUCUUUGCAUGUUUACUGGCACCAACAGGAACUGGCAGAAAUGAUCUGACUGCAUAUGAUAGUCGCAUCCGUCCACUCAGAGUGAAGAAGAUGCCUCCAGAUGUUGUCUGGUGUGUUUUCCUUUUCCUUCUCACCAUUAGAAACACCAACUCGGCUCAUUACUCUUUUUAUUAAAUAGGAUCUUUUUGAAAGGCAAAGCCUUUGUUUUUAUGAUUAUUGUAAACAAAUCAUAUGUGUAAUUCUUCUGAUUUUCUGUGGUGGGUUUGUUUGAAGCAUCUGGGUGGGUAAAUGAGGGCAGAAAAGGUCACAUUAAUAAAAAAAAAAAAAAAUUCUC